AUGACCAUCUUUCGCCCCUGUAUAGACCUCCACGCGGGGCAGGUAAAACAGAUUGUGGGCGGCACGCUGGACGAGAAGACGCCCUCGACCCUCAAGACCAACUUUGUCUCGCCGCACCCGCCGGCGCAUUUUGCACGGCUAUACCGGGAAAACGAACUCAAGGGCGCCCACGUCAUCAUGCUCGGGCCUGGCAACGCGGAGGCAGCGCGCGAGGCACUGGCGGCGUGGCCUGGCGCACUGCAGGUCGGCGGCGGGAUCACGGAUCAGAAUGCGAAGGAGUGGGUGGACACUGGUGCCGAGAAGGUCAUCAUAACGUCUUUCCUCUUCCCAGAGGCGCACUUCAGCCAGGCACGCCUGGAUUCUGUCGUUGCGGCGCUGCAGGGCGACCGGAGCAGGCUGGUCAUCGACCUGAGCUGCCGUCGACAACAAGCAGACGGCGAGGAGCCCAGGUGGUUCGUGGCCAUAAACAAGUGGCAGACUCUCACAGACAUGGAGGUCAACCAAGCUUCUAUAAAACAGCUCGAGCCCUACUGCUCCGAGUUUCUCAUCCACGCCGCCGACAACGAGGGCCUCCAACGCGGCGUCGAUGAGGACCUCGUCACCAAGCUGUCGCAGUGGUGUACAAUACCCGUCACGUAUGCCGGCGGCGGCCGGAAUCUCGACGACUUGGAUCGGGUCAGGGCCCUGAGCGGCGGCAAGGUCGACCUCACGAUCGGAAGUGCGUUGGAUUGCUUCGGUGGGUCCGGUGUGCGGCUGGAUGAGUGUGUCGAGUGGAAUCGGCACCAAAAACAGGCCUAG